UUAGCUAAAUUUCUCCAGUCCAACCAGCUUCCAUACAUGGCCACUUCGAUCAUGAUUACGCUGCUACUGUACCUCUGGUUUUUAGCAUCUAUUGCCAUUGCUUCUAUUGCCAUUGCUUCGACCCCAGACAGUGUCACCGCCGGCAACGGCAGUGACACAGACGUUACCGCGCUGCUGGCUUUCAAAGCCCAGCUCGCCGACCCUCGCGGCGUUCUAUCCAACUGGACUACUGCCACAUCUUUCUGUCAUUGGUUCGGCGUGUCAUGUAGUCGCCGCCGGGCACGGGUUGUUGCCCUUGUGCUGCACGAUGUGCCACUCCAGGGAAGCAUCUCGCCUCAUCUUGGUAACCUCUCUUUCCUCACUGUCCUCAACCUCACUAGCACGGGACUCACCGGCGCCAUCCCAGCCGAUCUCGGAAAGCUGCAUCGUCUUGAAGUUCUCGUUUUCCGCCGGAAUAGCUUGUCAGGCGUCAUUCCACCAGUGGUAGGAAACCUCACAAGGCUUGAGGUUGUUGACAUGGGGCACAACAGCAUAUCAGGGCAGAUUCCACUUGAGCUGCAAAAACUGCACAAUCUUACGUACAUAGAUUUGCUAGUGAAUUAUUUGACUGGACCACUACCCAAUGAUCUGUUCAACAACACCCCUAAGCUAAAAUAUCUAAACUUCCGGAAUAACAGUUUGUCAGGGACAAUACCAGUUGGUAUCGGCACUUUGCCCAUCCUUCAACACUUGGAAAUAGCAUAUAACCACUUUUCUGGACCAGUACCUGAGUUAAUUUUCAACAUGUCCAAACUAGAAAUGUUGCAUCUCGGAGGCAACGGGUACCUAGAUGGAUCUAUCCCUGGUAACAAGAGCUUCAACCUCCCCAUGCUGCAAAAGAUCUGCUUGUAUGAAAACAGAUUCAUGGGACAGAUUCCGUUGGGGCUUGCAGACUGCAAAUACCUCCAAUGGAUUUUCAUUGGACAUAAUUUAUUCGAGGGCCCAGUUCCAGCAUGGUUGGGAAAACUGCCAGACCUCGUAUUACUUGAUUUAGAGAGUAAUAACCUUGUUGGUCCGAUCCCAUCUGCAUUGGGUAAUCUUAGAUCAGUUGAAUGGUUCAAUAUUGGAGACAACUACCUACAAGGGAGCCUCGACUUCUUGGCUACACUUUCAAACUGUCAAAAUAUCUGGGAAGUUGGCUUCGACUUGAAUUAUUUCACAGGGGAGCUCCCUAACUAUGUCGGAAACUUCUCAAGUACUCUAAUAAAUUUCUUUGCAGUAGGAAACAGGUUAUCCGGUGAUCUUCCUUCUACCCUGUUGAAUUUAAGCAAUCUCGUUUGGUUGGACCUUUCAAACAACCAACUGACUGGUACUAUUCCAGAAUCAAUCAUGCUAAUGGACAAGCUCCAAGUUCUUAAUCUCUCUGGAAAUAUCAUGUCUGGCACAAUCCCAAGACAAAUAGGUCAUCUAAGGAACCUACAAACACUAAUACUCAAUAACAACAACUUCUCAGGUGUGCUACCAAACGAUCUUGGAAACCUCAGUAAUCUACAAUAUCUUGUUCUAUCUAAAAAUCAUAUGUCAUCAACCAUACCAGCAAGCCUAUUCCAUAUGAAUAGCUUGAUAACCGUUGAUCUGUCUCAGAACUCCUUGGAAGGUGCAUUGCCAGUAGAUAUAGGGCAGCUAAAUCAUAUUGACAGGAUUGAUCUCUCUUCCAACCGGUUGUUUGGUAGGAUCCCUGAAUCCUUUGGACAGUUUCUAAUGACAACAUACCUGAACCUGUCACACAACUCACUAAAUGGUUCAUUUCCAAACUCUUUUGACAAGUUGAUCAACUUGAAAUCACUGGAUGUUUCAUACAAUGAUCUGUCGGGGACAAUUCCACAAUAUUUAGCAAAUUUUACUGAUCUCUCUAGCUUGAACCUUUCAUUCAAUAACCUACAUGGUCCAAUACCAGAAGGUGGCAUCUUUGCAAACAUCACCCUGCAAUCUUUGAUGGGCAACCCCGCCCUUUGUGGUGGUGUUCCACGUUUGGGGUUUAUGCCAUGUAAGAGCAACAAUAAUAGUAAUAAAAGGCAAAUACUAAAAUUCUUGCUCCCCAGUGUUAUUAUUGUUGUCGGAGUUAUAGCCACAUGCAUGUACAUGAUGAUGAGGAAGAAAGCCAAGCAACAAGAUAGAAUCAUUUCUCCUGAUAUGGAAGAUGUGCUCAACAAUAGGUUGAUCUCUUACCAUGACAUUGUCCGAGCCACGGAUAAUUUUAGUGAGACUAAAUUGUUGGGGGCUGGAAGCUUUGGAAAAGUUUUCAAGGGCCAACUGAACGACGGUACUAUGGUGGCAAUAAAAGUUCUCAACAUGGAGCUGGAACAAGCUAUUAGAAGCUUCGAUUCAGAGUGUCAUGCCCUGCGCAUGGCCCGGCAUCGCAACUUGAUUAGGAUACUCACCACUUGUUCCAACCUGGACUUCAGAGCUUUGGUUCUUCCCUACAUGCCCAAGGGAAGCUUAGAAACACAGCUACACUCUGAAGGUGGAGAGCAACUGGGAUUCCUUCAGAGACUGGACAUUCUGUUGGAUGUGUCCAUGGCAAUGGAGUAUCUUCACUAUCAUCACUGUGAGGUAGUCCUACACUGCGACUUGAAGCCAAGCAAUGUUCUAUUCGACCAAGACAUGGUUGCAUUGGUGGCCGAUUUCGGGAUUGCAAAACUGUUACGUGGUGACGAUAACUCUGUUAUUUCUGCAAGUAUGCCUGGAACAAUUGGUUAUAUGGCACCAGAGUAUGGGUCAGUUGGGAAAGCAUCACGGAAAAGCGAUGCAUUCAGCUACGGUAUUAUGCUUCUGGAGUUAUUCACUGGAAAGAGGCCAACUGAUCCCAUGUUUGUUGGAGAACUAUCUCUAAGGCAGUGGGUUACUAGUGCAUUUCCAUCAAAUGUCAUGGAUGUGGUGGAUAACCGGUUACUGGUGCAAGAUUCCUCUAGUUCAUUGAAUAACUUUAUAGUCCCAGUUUUUGAGUUGGGUUUACAAUGCUCACAUGAAUUACCAGACCAAAGAAUGACAAUGAGCGAAGUGGUUGUGAGACUGGCGAAGAUAAAAAAGGAUUACAUGGCUUCUGUCUAA